AUAAUAAGUUAGUGGAUGAGGCAAAAAAUCUUACAAGCCAAAGGAUAGUUCCAGUUUCUGCUCCAACUGCUUUACCUAUGUGUGGUAACAUUGCUUUACCUGUGUGUGGUAGCAUUGCUAUGCCUGCAUCCAGGUUUCUAAAGUGUGGAGUAUCUGAUGAAUAUGAUGAAGUUGAAGAAUUUGAUGAUGAAGAUGAAUUUUCACCAGCUUUAGCAGCUACUUCUGUAAAAUCAAAACCUCAAAAGAUUGAAACUCUUUAUAAUUUUCUCGAUUUUCAAUCAUUUGAUGGGUCAUUUUUGCCAUCUACUAAAUUUUAUUCUUGGUUUGAUAAAAAUGAUUUUAAAGAUUUUGAAAUUAUUGGAAUUGAAAGUGAAAAAUUAUUAUGUUUGGCAUUAGCGAUGGCAUAUUUAGAAAUUAUAAUGUUUGAAACAUUUAAGGAAGAAAGUGAAAUGUGUUAUGAAAAAGCUAAAAAGGUUUUGAAAAAAGAAGUUGGCGAUGAUGAGCAAAAGAUCAAUGAGAUUUUGGAAAAAGCCAAAGAAUGGGUUAAAAAAUGGGCUGCCGAAUAA